AUGACUUCCCCGGUGCAGGCUGAGGCACUGCGGGCAUCCGAGACGGACGGUUCGAAGCUUUCGACGAUGGUCGGGCAGCAGCUCGAUUAUCUGACGCGGACGGACGAACCAAGCCACGAGGUGACCCGGUUGGAUAUUCUACUCACCUUCAUCUCGAUCCUGUUCCGUCUGAUCAGCAUCAGCCUAACGCUGCUGCUUUCCUACGAAUACUACCGGUUAGACCGCAAGGUUUACUUUGGGCUUACGCUAAUCGGGCUGUUCAUUCCCGCCAUCAUUACCACCCUACUAAGCCUGCUGAUGUAUCUGGACGAUACCCGUCGGAAGCGCCGGGAACGGCAGCCCUGUUGCAGUACGCUACUGUGCAUCGUGGUGAUGCCGUUUUUCUGCCGCUACUGGCACUCGUUGCGACUGUCGUGGGCAUGCUAUGCUGCAAAACGACGCCAAGAUUGGACCGGCCAGAAGCGUGCUUACGAGCUGUUGGUGCAGGAGGACAGUGAUGUUGCGUUGCUACGUAUCUUCGAGUGUCUGCUCGAGGUGACGCUGCAGAAGAUCCUUCAGCUCACCAUCGUCCUAUCAACCGGACCCGUCACCGUGCUGCAGAUGCUAUCAAUCAUCAGCGCGAUGGGUAGUAUCGCGUGGUGCAUGGCGUCCCAUUAUAGGUGUGUGCGCUUCGCCCGUCUUGACAAACGUCACAUCCCCUGGUCCGGUACGAUCGUACACAUCGCGUGGCAGUUUUCCGUGACGGUAGCGCGCGUACUUGCCAUCGCGACGGUUGCGAGCGUGUUUCCGGUCUACACCGCACUAGGAUGUGUGGCGCAUGCUGUCCUGAUGGCAGUGUGGGUGUUUUGCUACGAACGUCCACGCUUCUGUGGUGACUCCAUCGCACAACGCUCCCUACUCUCCUGUGCCUUCGGGACCGUGUUUAUCUUCAACUACAUUCCACUUCACGAAGGACCGACCCGGCUACGUUACACGUUGUUUUACGUGGUCUGCUUUCUCGAGACGGUUGUGUGCGGCGUGCUAUACGCAUUGUUCGUACGCAACGCUACGAUCAACCGUUCGGUUUUGUGGACGUGCUUGUUAAGUUCCUUUCCGACCGUCACGUUCUUGAUCGGCAUCUGUCUGAUGGUGGUGUUUUAUCGCUACUGUCACCCAAACAUUACCUCACGCCAAAUGGAGGCCAGAACCACCGAGUGA